AUGCAGCAUGAUAGAAAGCCGCUCAUCCCAUUAUAUCCAGAUGAUUUCUCCAAUUUCAAAGUGGUAUUCAAAGACACUUCAGACGAUAAAUAGUAUCUAGAUCUUUAGAAUGAACAUAAUCAAUCAAAUCUAAAUGAUUCGAAAUAUAUAAAUAUCGAGCAGUAAUAAGAUAAUUAAAUAAGGGAGUUUAAUGUGGAUAAAAGCUUAAUCUUAUCAAGAUAAAAAGAAGUUGCUGAGAAAAGGUCAAGGCAAAGUAGAUUAGAGUAGAGCUAUAAGAGAAGUGUGUAGAAAAUGAAUUCUAAUUCUAAGAAUAAAGAAAACUUAAGUCCUACUUCCAUAUCAAGUAUCAAGCUGUGCUUGUUUAAAAACAAUAAGCUAUUCAGUUCAGUUGAGCCAAAUGAUUAUUCAGUUAAUAGCAUGAAGACUUAGUCUCAUGUUAAUGCCUAAACUACCGCAAGUACUUAAUCAAAUGUGUCAAUCAAAAUUCAGCCAAAGAGUGGUAGUCUGACUGAUAGAACCUUAGGAUCUUCUAAUCAAUAAAUGAAAAAUGAAAAUACUUCAAUGUUUAACUCUUAAAACUCUAUUCAAAUUUCUCAAAUUUAAUUCAAUAACUCCAAAACUUCAAGAUCUGAAGUCUAUAGUAAAAGGAACAUUUCAAAUCAAAAUAACAAUAGCAAUCAUCAUUAGAAGGUGCAAUCAAUUUUAAAACCCUCACCUCUUGAUCAACUGCAGAUAUGCAUAAAGCAGCCAAUGCCCAAUAGCAUACUAAUGGAAGGAUCAAUACUAAAGUACAAGCCAGGAAUGAACUACUAAUAUCGGAUUAAAUAUCUAGUACUCUAAAAGGAAAUGAUAUAAAUAUUUAAGUCCAGAUGGCAAGCUAAACUACCUCAUUAAGAGAGUAAUAUAAACACUAUUGUUAAGAUCCCUCUAAGUAUAAUUAAGUCUUGCCAAAAAGUCAAAGUUGAUAUUGCCAAGAACACUCGUCAAAGUAAAACUAACUAAUAAUGGAACAAAUGCUAUUAAUUUGAAGUUUUUCUUAAAGAUGAGUAUUAGGAUGAAUUAGUUCAUAUGGAAUUAAACUAAAUGAGACCUUAAUCCUAGCUCUGUAUGAAUAAUCCACAAAGAGAUUCACACCUAAAUCAAUCCUCACAAAUCAUAUCUCCUAGAAAUAAUUUAGAUCUAACUAGGAGAUCUGUCUUAGAAGGCUCAUAGUUAUCGAUAAGUACACAUUUCAAUUAAGUUGGUAAGCCAUCCAACAUCGAAGGUAAACCUCAUUCCAGGAGUACUUCAAAUAUCUCAUUCCUUUAAAAUCACGGAGGUGCAACUGCAGGAUUUCAGCAUUUUAGAUAAAGAUCUUCGAUCAUAUCCUCAGCUGCUAAUUUAGAGGACUUGAGAAAUUCUCUUGAGCAAGCUGAUAAGAGUAAGCUUGAGGAAAUUGUAGAAUAAAACCUUUAAGAACCAUAGUUUACUUAUAGUAUAAUGGUCAAGAAUCCUUCUGCUUGGAUUAAGGGCUUGGCUAGUUAAUAGACUUGGACGCAUAGAGAGAUAGAGUGGUAUAGCGGCUAAAGAAGGCUACUAUUUGCUUGUGAAGAGGAAGAUGAAUGCAAUUAAUGGGUAGUCACAAUAAACAUGGCUUUAAAUCAUUUUAAAAUGGAGAAGAAAGAUAUUAAAACUGCCACAAUCACUGCUUAUUAAAAUAAGAAUGUGAAUCUUUUCAGAUGA